AGCUGUCUUAUCAGAAGCUUUCUGCACUCCCAGCAGCAUCAACAAUCCUCAGUGCUGCACACAUUUUAACAAACACUUUUUGCUUCUGCAUGAACAGAUGAAAGGUUUCUGGCUCCAGCAAAAGAAAAAUGUUGUCUAAAGCCAUUUGUUUUGGUUACAGAACAGCAGAAGUGCUGGAUACACCUGAUAUUUCUGGCUCCAGCAAAGAAGAUGUGUCGUGUACACCCAGUGAUUCUGGCUCCAGCAGAGAAGUGUGGUGUACAUCCAACAUUUCUGGCUCCAGAGGAACAGAAUCAUGGCAUCCACACAAAGUUUCUGGCAACAGAGGAAGAGAGGUAUUGGAAAGACAGUGUGAGGAUACUGAUCCCAGAAAGACAACUGCAGAAGGCAGCAGACAUAUAUCUGACACCUCACAGCAGCCACCAGCCUAUGGAGACCAGACUUCUAACACGAAGGAAGUGUUUGAAAUUAUGAAAGAGAUGGACAAGAAUAUAAAAGUACUUCCUGAAAAGGUAAUUCAAAUACUUCAUGAGAAGAAUGAAGAAAUUAAGAUGCUGAAAAGGAAGAACGAAAAGCUAGAGGGAAGAAACCAAAAGCUGUUGGCUAAAGUGAUGGCCAUGCACCAGGACUCUGAGGACAUCAAUGACCCCUCACGUUUGUCUGCUGUGCUGGAGAGAUACGAGAUGCUCCGGCUGCAGGAAUGGGAGAAAGUCAGGUGCUCCAUGCCCCACCGCUGGACCUAUGAAGAAGGCAGUGAGGCCAUCAGGAAGGUGUUUGAUGCCUGUGAAAAAGAUACACAACAGAGAAAAGAGGACAUACUUAAAGUUCUUUACAUUCCACCUUCGAAUAAGGUGAUGAUGCAAGACCUAAUGAAGCUGCUCAGGCAACACUAUCACCAAAACUCAGUGGUUUAUGACCAGAUUAUUCAAGAAGCUGCCAUUCACAUAAGAACUGAAAAUCAAACACAGUUCCUGCUGCAGUGCUGCCAAAUUUAUUGUUUGCUGCUUCUUCAGGAUCCACCAGUUAAAGCUGAAUGGAGGAUAAAGAGCCGGCAUCUAGAGCAUGUGGACAAGAAAGAUGUAGUGCACUGGGUAAAUCCAUCACUUCUGUGGCCCAUAAUGAAACAUGGGGAAAAAGUUAUUGUGAAAGGUGUAGUCUGGGACCAAAGGAAAAUGACUUGAGAGUCAGGCUAAUUACUUACUUAGCCAUAAGAAGAUGAAACAGCUGUUAUGUGGUACUCUGCUUUUCUUUCCUCCAUGAAUUGCCUACUUUUCAGAGCUAGUAAGUUAGACAUCCCCCACUUGGGACACCUAGGAUAAAUCAUCAUUAACAAACCUGUAUUAAAAAUUGAAGCUAUCCCAAUUGUCUCCUCACAAAGGCCACCUGUCUGUUAGCAUUCCCCUGCUUCCUCACAUCUUUACAAUAUACCUCUCCCAAAGUCCUUCAGCUACACAUGUGCCACAGCUCUGGACCAAAGAAAUCCAGAAGUUGUAUUCCAUGGCAUAAUGGAGAUGCAAUGAGGCAAAUGCAUGUUUAUGUGAUUUGGUGUGACACAGUAUUCUGUGAGCAACUUGAGAAUUACCAAAUAAAAAAGACUUUAAAUUCUGCUGUGUGCCUGCUGUUAGAAUGCAUGGAAUAGAAGCCUGAGUCCCUCAGAGAGAGAAAGGAAUAUAGGAAUUGAAUUGGAACCUUUAGAGAAACUAAAAUAUAUUAAACCACACAGACAUGAAGUAGGAGUGUAAGUUUUAAUUUUAAGUAAGGAGAAAUAUAUCUUAAGUGCCUUAAGAAACUGUAUUAGCUACUAAAAAACCCUAAAGCCUAGUUUAAAGUUCAGUAGUGGUACCUUUCACAAAACUAACUUAGCACCAGACAUAACAAAACCAUAGCAGAACAUUGCUUACAUUAUUAAAUAGAACAGACAGAACUGUUUGUGUGAACAGAUAGAACUGUAUGUGUAGAUUUUGUGUAAAGACUAACACUAUUUUCACACAUUAGAAUUAAGCUUGGAUAGGUGUAGAAAGAAUGUUUUAGAAUCGUGUUUUUAGCUGAUUAGAUUAUUUCUGAAUAAAUUUCCCCUAUAUUGGGAUAAAAAAGGUGCUAAUUGCUUCUACUAACUACUACUUCUUCUACUGCUUCUACUGAAAACAUCAAGACUCCAUACCAGAAAGCUUUUAGCACAAACUUUAAUACUGUAAACUCUUCACCUUCAGAGCUGAUGUAUUCAUACAAUAAACAACUUUACAACAAC